AUGGAGGACUCCCAGGAGACGUCGCCUUCCUCCAACAACUCCUCAGAAGAGCUCAGUUCUGCCCUGCAGCUGUCCAAGGGCAUGUCCAUCUUCCUCGACAUACUAAGGAGAGCAGAUAAAAAUGAUGAUGGAAAAUUAUCCUUUGAGGAAUUCAAAGCAUAUUUUGCAGACGGUGUGCUGAGUGGAGAAGACUUACAUGAGCUCUUCCAUACCAUUGAUACACAUAAUACCAACAAUCUUGACACAGAAGAACUAUGUGAAUAUUUUUCUCAGCACUUGGGUGAAUAUGAGAAUGUACUAGCAGCACUUGAAGACCUAAAUCUUUCCAUCCUGAAGGCAAUGGGCAAAACAAAGAAAGACUACCAAGAGGCCUCAAAUUUGGAACAAUUUGUGACUCGAUUUCUAUUGAAGGAGACCUUGAAUCAGCUGCAGUCUCUCCAAAAUUCCCUAGAAUGUGCUAUGGAAACUACUGAGGAACAAACUCGUCAAGAAAGGCAAGGGCCAAUCAAGCCAGAAGUCCUGUCUAUUCAAUGGCCUGGAAAACGAUCAAGCCGCCGAGUCCAGAGACACAACAGCUUCUCGCCCAACAGCCCUCAGUUUAAUGUCAGUGGUCCAGGCUUGUUAGAAGAAGACAACCAGUGGAUGACCCAGAUAAAUAGACUCCAGAAAUUAAUUGAUAGACUGGAGAAGAAGGAUCUCAAACUGGAACCACUGGAAGAAGAAGUUAUUGAAGGGAACACUAAAUCUCAUAUCAUGCUUGUGCAGCGUCAGAUGUCUGUGAUAGAAGAGGACUUGGAGGAAUUCCAACUUGCCCUGAAACACUACGUGGAGAGCGCUUCCUCCCAAAGUGGAUGCUUGCGUAUUUCUAUUCAGAAGCUUUCCAGUGAAUCUCGCUACAUAAUUUAUGAGUUCUGGGAGAAUAGUAGCGUAUGGAAUCGGCAUCUUCAGAUGAAUUAUAGCAAGACAUUCCAAAGAAGUAAUGUGGAUUUCUUGGAAACUCCAGAGCUUACCUCUACUAUGCUCGUUCCUGCUUCAUGGUGGAUCCUGAAUAACAACUAG